UAUAUAAACCCCACCUUCUUCAAUCGCAACAAACACAGUGCUCUCAAAACCAAAAAACAAUAGCGGAAGAAUAUAAGUAAGCAUUUCCAACCGUUCGAUCAAUCUCAAAAAAAUGGCAGUGUGUGUAGCAAAGGAGAGGAAGAUAUUGGUGGCCGUAGAUGAAGGACAAGAGAGCAUGUAUGCUCUCUCAUGGUGUCUCAACAACAUCCUCGUCUCUCAUAAUUCCAAAGAUACCCUCAUCCUUCUCUAUGCCAAACCACCUCGCCCCGUCUACACGGGCAUCGACGGAACAGGUAGGCCAAAACUAGAAGCAACAGAUACCUACAAGCUGCUUGAACCAUCGAAGCUUACUGCGCAGCGUUCUAAUCGAGUUUGUAAUGCUCUUGCUCUAUUUCAGGUAAACAUUAGUGCUAUUAUUGUUCUUCCUCCUCACGUAACAGCAUUUUUUACAGUCACUCCUUUCAAACAUGUGGCUUUUCUAGGGAGUGUGAGCAAUCAUUGUGCACAGAAGGCAAACUGCCCUGUUCUAAUUGUGAAAAGGCCCAAAUCAAUUGCUCACGACGAAUAAAAGCAAGAAAAAUGUUUGGGAGUUUUAAAUUGGAAGCACUAAAGGAUUUUAGAGAGUAGGUCUCAUUGAUUGAUGUGAUGUUUUGGCCUUAAGUUUUUUUUUUUUUUUUGAAUUUUCACCUCAUUAGUAAUCCAUUAGUGCUCUUAAAUUAGUGGGAUGUAUCAUUGUUGUAAAAGCAAUGACUUCAAUUCUUACUUUUAUCAAUUUUUUUUUAUAUUUCUAUUUUGGUUGCGUUUGUUUUGCUUUGUUGUGAAAAUUUUCAAGAAUAUUUUCUAUUUCUUUUUCUUGAAUGCUCUUUUUUUGCCCUUUUGUAUGUCUUCAAUAUUGGCGCUUAGAGCUUGUAUUUAUUGUAAAAUGUAAUUUAUGUGAA